AUGGUUAUAGGCUGUGUAACACCGACCACCACAGAAGGGGCGCAAGUCACAAGAGGCUCUUUCUUCCGACCCACGACACAAGUUGUGAGAAACACUCACACGCACAUGACAAAUCUUUCACACGUCAUUACGGCACAGCAGCGGGUCGAGCUCAUUCUACCCUCCAAGCGAGCUUCUAGUGGCGCAGACCAGCACGCAAGCCCUUCCUUCAGUAGGAAGCGGGCAGAGAGAAAGUUUCGGCACUCGAAAGCGCAAGGCCGAUCGUGGUGGGCCGCCCCGUGUUGGUGGCUGUCGCAGCCGUCGCAAAGUAUAGAUACGGCGCAAAUACGGCUCAGCGGUGUCAUUGUCGGGGCAUCGAUAUUUCUCGUACGUACAUUGUAG